AUGCUUGUUAGUCAUAAGAAAAAAGCUAGUCAGACAUUGUCCAUCAGUCUACACGAAACUACGCCUCAGAAUGCCAAGAAAAUUUUUUCUGUGAGCUCGAGUGGUAUCAAGGAGUGGGCUGCAAAUGGAUUUGAAUCCUUCGGAGAAUGGUCUAAGACUGAAUUUUACCCUUCAGAGGAUUCAGACCAUGUGGUGUAG